AUGCUCGACAAAGUUCCAGAAGAAAACGAUGGCAAUUUCCGAGCUUUGCUACGGAGGAGGGGGAAAUGUGGGGAUGCCUCCCUUGAAACCCACUUCACCACGGGAUCAGCGAACGCAACGUACAUCAGUCCUCCUACUCAGAACGAGCUAAUUGACAUUUGCGCAAAUAGUAUACAAGACAGCAUCGUCAAGAGGGUCAACGAGGCCAAGGCCUUUAGCGUACUGGCUGACGAAACGAUGGAUAUCGGUGGUCUCGAGCAAAUGUCCGCGUGUGUCCAAUACGUGCAAGAUGAUAAGGUUCGUGAAGAGUUCCUUGGGUACGCUCAAGUGCAUGAUCUCAGCUGCAGAUCACUGGCAAAAGAAAUCAUCAAGUUUCUGAGCGGCGUGGAAAUCGAUCUGCGAUACCUGAGAGGCCAGGGCCACGAUGGGGCCGCAGCAAUGUCAGGACGGCUGAACGGGGUCCAAGCUGCGGUAUUGGAGUAG